CGGCAUUUGCCUUAGGAACAGGCCGAUCGUCGGACGAAACAUAAAUUUGUCACUUAUUCAAUGGCUCGAAACUGGUGUGUUCUGGCGAUUGCAUUGAUUGCUCUGGGCAGCAGUCAAGCGUUGGAAUGUUACGUGUGCGAUUCCGACAAUGCAAAGUGCAUCACAAAUGUGGCGAGUAUCGACAAGGAAACAUGCACGGAGGACGAAAUCUCUUGUUAUACGAAGUCGGAUAUAACAGGCAAAGUGACACGAGGCUGUCUAGCUAAGGACGAUAAUAAUUGCUCCUCGCCCGAUUGCUUUCAAUGCAGCGACAGUGGCUGCAACACGCAUCCAAUCUGCAAGAAGUGUGAAGCCUCUGAUCCUGACUGCUCACAGACUGAUGCCAAAGCGGACGAAUAUAAUCAAGUUUGUGAGCUGGGAAAUAUGUGCGUUAAGCAACUGAACGAUGCCAAGCGAGUGGUUCGCGGCUGUGGCGAUGGGAAGAGCUGUGAAUCGAAUACAGAGGCCUGUAUUGCGUGCGUGGGACCGAACUGCAAUGAGGGAAUCUAUCCGGAGUCCCGCCUACAGUGCUAUCAAUGCGAAAACUGCAAUUUCCUUAACAAUAACAGCUCCAUGCCCUGCUUGGUUUACGACGACGCCGAGAAGUGCUACGCCAGAGCCGAGAGCGCAGAUACCAUGCAGCGAGGUUGCUUUUCGGACCCGGCGGCCAAGUGCAGUGCCAGCACCACCGAUCCCAAAUGCUUGUCCUGCAACGAAAAUGGCUGCAACAAAUUGAAGUAUGAGCGCAACGUCGACUGUUUCCAGUGCUCAGAUGCCGACAGCUGCGCCGGCAGUCAGGCGGAGAACAUUGUCCCGCCCUGCAGUAAGCCGGUAGGGUAUGCUGAAACCGAUGUGUGCUACACACAGGUCAAGGAUGGCAUCACGUAUCGUGGUUGCUUUAACGAACGCGACAGCCAGUUGGGCGAAUGCAGCGAAGCAACCAGCUGCACUACCUGUAUCAGCAAAGCCUGCAAUUGGGAGGAAACUGGGAAGGUACAGGACUCAAAUUUCACUUGCAUUCGUUGCCGUAGCGAUAAUUUUGCUGGAUGCCGGGAUGCUGCGGACAAAAUUGGUGGCGAAAAGUGUACAAAAGAGUGCACGGACAACAAAUGUUUUACCGGCACAUGGGAUGGCAUCGUUGUACGUGGUUGCUUGUGUGAUGCGACCCAUCAGAUGGUCCAUCAGUGCACUGACUCGAGUGACGAUACCUGCGAUGUGUGCGAAGGUCCCAAUUGUAACACGAAGGCCAUUAAUAAUGCCAGCGCUUCGAAGCCUAUUGCCCUCAUGCUAAGUGUUUUAGCAGCGAUCUGUGCCGUACCAAGAUUGUCAUUAAAAUGAAAAUUUCAAUAAAUUUCGUAGUGAAAACAGGGAUCGUGUUUGGUUGCUUUCUCUUCCGUACCUUGAAAUUGAGAAAACGCCUAUUUACAUACAAGUAUAACUUAAGAACAGACGGUUUUGAGGGAUUUAGUAAUAAUGGUAUUCCUGCAUGUGAUUUAGAUUUGUAAUAAAU